AGACAGGAAAUGUGGAGUUCAAUCCGAAGAAGCGGUAGUGGAGUGUGUUGAAGAUUGUGCUUCGCAAUUUUGGAUUAUUUUACAUAAACAAUGCCGUAUGCCAACCAGCCCACGGUGAAAAUUACAGAACUGACAGACGAAAAUGUCAAGUUUGUUAUUGAAAACACAGAUUUGGCGUAAGUAUUCGCUUUUCUGUCAAUUUUAAGAGCGCGUAAGGCAUGGGGCAGCCAUUGUUAUCAUCAGCACCAAAAGACUGAUCAUAUGGGCCGUUUCGUGUUCAUACAGAGUAUUACCAAAUGAUUUAUUACCCCGUUUUUAAUUACAGAUCGAGAAAAAUAUAUGCAUUAAAGAAAAAUAUAGCCAGCCUAAGAUAGGCCAUAGUGCAUAUUCUAUUUCUCGUGAUUUUCAUUACAACCCAGCUAACCUCCCGUAAAAUAUACUUAUUUUUGAUCAUUUCUUUCCUCCAGGGUUGCAAAUUCCAUCCGCCGUGUGUUCAUGUCGGAAGUUGCAACCAUAGGUAAUGUCACUUUUUCUUUUCUCGUGCAUGAAAACUUCUGAUUUAUCAUGAACUGUGUAAUGGAAUCCUGGAUCAGAUUGUGCUAAACUUUUGCUGUGCAACUCAGAUUUGUGGUGGGAUUGUUUUUUCACCACAAAAACCUAGUGUUUCUUCCCUAUGUUCAUUCAAGCCCUGCUGUAUUUCUUCUUAACUGAGCAUGAGGACAUAAAUAGUCUGUUUUAUUCAGAUUUGUCCUGAUAGUGCACUUUUACGUAAAUAAACAGGCUGCUUCUUGCCUUCACCAACCAUUGAAAGUCAUGUCUAGUGAGUAAAUAUUUAAGGACCAUUUGAGUCUUUGUCUGCCAAUUAGGCUGUGUUUUAAAUGGGAGACAUGUCUGACCAGGCAAAGUCGGAAAAGGAAAAGUUUUAAUAGAUUUAAUCUACCAUUAGACUUCAAACAAUCUUUUAACAAGUUACCAUGCCCAUUUGCAGCAAUUGACUGGAUCCAGAUUGAUGCCAAUUCAUCUGUACUACACGAUGAGUUCAUUGCACACAGAGUUGGUAUGUAUAACUCUGUUUACUGCAACCAUCAAUAUAACUUCAUCAUCAUAAUUUGUUAUAACUUUCUGCAUACUUUCUGCAUUGACUUUGCCUUUGCCUUUAGGUCUCAUACCUCUCACGAGUGAUGACAUUGUGGACAAAAUGCAGUAUUCUAGGGUAAGUAUAUUGGCCCUCUUAUAAAUCACUCUUGGGGAAAAAAAGUGUUGUAUCCCACAGGUUUGUGAUUCCUCAUUUUUGUUGCCUUUAUUGAUUUUUGUUAUUGCAAAAGGUCAGUUUUUCUUUUUUUCCCCCUCUUUUGAUCUCUUCCAAUUCCAGUUUGGGUCUCAGUGUUUCCUCUGUGUAUCAAAUAAUAGACAUAAUUUUCUUUCCUCCUGCAGGACUGUGCCUGCGAUGACUUUUGUCCAGAGUGUUCGGUUGAGCUCACAUUGGAUGUUCGAUGCACUGAAGACCAGACGCGUCAUGUUACCUCUCGAGACCUUUUGUCGAAUAACCCAAGGGUCAUUCCAGUGAGUAUUUUCCUCUGUGUUCAUUGAAACCUCUAGGAGGAAGUAUAAGUAGAAAAAAACACUCAAAUAUUUGAAAUUUGUGAAUUCUAGGUGACUUCAAGGAGUAGAGACAAUGAUCCCAAUGACUACGUUGAACAAGAUGGUAAGGUUUAAACUUUUCUUCGGGACAGACUCUUAAAGUUUGUAUAAAUUGAUGUUAGGAUUUUAACCCAUACCCUCUUCGAUAUAAAUACAACACAGACAUUCUACUGGUGAAGCUUCGCAAAGGUCAAGAACUGCGGCUCAGGGCGUACGCUAAGAAAGGCUUCGGCAAGGAACACGCCAAGUGGAACCCAACAGCUGGAGUUUCUUUUGAAUAUGAUCCCGACAAUGCGCUGAGACACACCGUUUACCCACGACCUGAGGAGUGGUAUGUUUUUUUCCAAAAUAUUGUUUGGUGUGUAGAGAUAAUGUACGGUCUAAGACUAUUAAUAACUGGCUAAUUGAUUUCCUGAAACUCUGUUGUUCUAAGGCCCAAGAGUGAGUACUCAGAGAUCGAGGAGGAUGAGGUUCAGGCUCCCUACGACCCCAACGGGAAGCCAGAAAGGUGAGGGAGGAGUCCUUUUCAAGUUGAGGUUGAUAAGCAUGAAGUGGAUCAGACUCUGGGUUGAGUUUUGUGGACUAUUAUGAUGCUCUUUUCAGGAUGCUUUACAGCUUUUUAGUGGUGAAAAGAGACCUACCCCUAUGUAGAUUUAAGACUCACUUUAAAUUAACAUAAACAAACUAAAGUCUCUGCUCAGGUGAUCAGACACUAAUUUUAAUGAAGAUUACAAAAGUCCAUUUCCAUCAGGUCUGUUCUGCUUAAUGCUGCUAGUAAUUGCUCAUUGCAGCUUUUAGGAUCUUUUAUCCAAUGGCUCAUUCAAAAUGUCCAUGCACAGGUUCUAUUUUAAUGUGGAGUCCUGCGGAUCCCUACGACCAGAGACCAUCGUCAUGUCAGCGUUGGCAGUCCUCAAGAAGAAGCUGAGUGACCUGCAGACUCAGCUGAGUCAUGAAAUCCAGAGCGACGUGCUCACCAUCAACUGAAGGCCAAUAACCCCUCUCAGGACCUGCAUUCAUACAGCAUUCUUAUCAUCGAAAGGAAGACUCAGGAUCACUACACACAUCCAAAUACUGUUAAUGGACUCAAAAGAAUACUCCUUGCAUUUUGCCCUGUGGUCUGCAGGAGUCCAGUGGUAAAUUAAUUUUAUGUUGAGCCAUUGAAAAUUUGACCAUCUACAAAGAUGCAAAAGAGGUGAAAAUGACUUCAUUUAGAGUUGUUUCCUUAAAAGUCUGUCAUCACCAGAAGGGAUUGUAACAUUAGCUGUGUGCCAGAGUGUCCAUCGCAGGGUCAUCGUCUGAAGGGUUUUUUUUCUCAGUUUGAUACAGAUUGUGUAUUGGCAUUUCCAGUGUAACACUGACUGUAAGAUUAUUUUGUCAAAUGCUUCUUUUGAAAUAAAUAUCUUAUAAAUAA